AUGGACUUCCAAAUGUUUGCCCUGGUGAUGCUGUUCCUGGCCUGCGUGGAGCAGGGCCUGGCCUCCUGUGUGGUGGACAGCUUCACUGUCAAACAGGACUUUGAACCACAGAGAUAUGCAGGAAAGUGGUACGCUCUGCAGAAGAAGGAUCCCGAGGGUUUGUUCCUGCAGGACAACAUCUCUGCUGAAUACACUGUUGGAGAUGACGGUUCCAUGGUGGCCUCUUCCAGGGGCAGGGUCACUCUUUUUGGCUUCUGGGUUGUGUGUGCUGACAUGGCUGCCCAGUACUCUGUGCCUGACCCCGGCAGCCCCGGCAAGAUGUUCAUGAACUACCAGGGACUGGCCAGCUACCUCUCCAGUGGCGGUGACAAUUACUGGGUCAUUGAUACAGACUACGACAACUAUGCCAUCACCUAUGCCUGCCGCACCCUGAAGGAGGAUGGAAGCUGCGAGGAUGGCUACGCCCUGGUCUUCUCCCGCAACCCUCGUGGCCUCCCCCCUGCCAUCCAGAGAGCCGUCCGUCAAAAACAGGAGGAAAUCUGCAUGGCCGGACAGUUCCAGCCUGUGCUGCAGUCUGGAGCUUGUUAA